GGUUCCGGUCGGAGUGCGGCGCAAAAUGGCGGCGAUAUCCGAGGCCGUGACGCUGUUGAAGGCGCUGCGGAAAGAGAAUUCAGCCCAAAAUGAACCCCAAAAGGUGGCGGAGGUGACGGAGCACGGCAGGGCGCUGCUGGCGCGGCUCAGGGACGGGAAGCUGCGCACCGACAGGGGCGUGUCGCUGCUGGGGCUGCGGGCGGCCGCCAUGUUGCACUACGUCACCGACCUGGCGCUGCUGCUGCGCUCCAAGAGCGGGGGGCGGAGCCUGAGGGAGGAGCCCGCGUUGCCCCGCCUCCUCGAGAGCCGCGUGGUGCUGGAGAAGCUCCGCCCCCUGGAGCAGCGCAUGCGGUACCAGUUGGACAAACUGCUGCGGGCGGCGGCUGCCGGCGCUCCGGGUGCCAACGACCCGCUGAGCUUCCGCCCCGACCCCUCCAACCUGGCCCAGGAGGAGGAGGAGGAGGAGGAGGAGGAAGAGGGCAGCUCAGCCCCAAAGGCCGGGGGGGGGCAGAGCCGUUACGUCCCCCCCCGCCUGGUGCCCGUCCCCUACGCCCCAGCAGAGGAUGAGCCCCAGGCCCGCCAUCAGCGCGCCCUGCAGGCUGCCCGGCGCCGUGCCCUGAGCUCAGCUCUGCUGCGGGAGCUGCGGGACGAGUUGGGGGACGGCCCCGAGCUGCUGGGGGGCACCGCGCCCCAUAGGGAGCUGCAGCGGACGCAGCUGGAGGAGUCCAUGAUGGUGCGGCUGAGCGAGAGCCGCCAGCAGAGGGCGCUGCGCCGCCUCCGCGCCAUGGGAGCCGUCAACCUGGACUCCAUCACCCACUUUGGGGACACGGCCGCCCUCCUGGGACCCCAAGAUCAGGAGUCGCUGCUGCCGCCCCCCAAAAAGAAGAAGAAAGUGGUGAAGAGGAAAGCGGGGAGGAGGAAGGGUUUCCGUCGGCGCCGCUGAGCUGUGUGGAAAUGAAGGAGUUAAUUCGGUGUCA